GCUUAGGGCUGGUGCGGCGGGGCCGGGGCCGGGAAGGGCCGGGCCGGGGCUCCCCCGCCGCCGCCCAUGUGGCUGCAGCAGCGGCUGAAGGGGCUGCCGGGGCUGCUGUCCAGCAGCUGGGCGCGGCGCCUGCUACUGCUGCUGGUGCUGCUGCUCGUCGCCUACUGGUACCUGGGCGCGGCGCGGGCGCGGGGCGCGGGGCGCGGGGCCGAGCCCCGGGGACCCGCCGCCCUCUGCGUUCAGGCGGCCGCGGGCGCCUGGCGGGCGCAGACCCAGCGCGGCGAUGCGCUGCCGCUGCCUGAGGAGGCGGCCGGGGCCGGCGGGCCCCCGGGGCUGGCGGUGGCGGGCAACGGGUUCCUGCUGCUGGACGUGUCCGCCGGGCGGCUCUGGGUGCGGCCCGCGGGGGCCGCCGCGGGCCCGGCGCUCGCCACCGAGUAUCCGGCGCUGGUGCGGCUGAGGGCGCUGGGCGGGCGCGGCGAGGCGCGGGCGGCGCUGGCGGCGCUGCGGGACGGGGCCGUGCGGAGGGUGCGCUGCGUCCAGAUGGGGCCCGGGGCCGGCGCCGGGGACUGCGUGACUCUGCGGGAGGAGGUGGUGGCCCACCGGAGCCGGCCGCAUCUCUACCUGCAGCGCAUCCGCAUCGCCAACCCCACCGAGCGCGUGGCCGCCUUCGAGGCCUCGGCUCCCGCCGCCGCGGCCCCGCUGGGCGGGCGCUUCGCCACCAGCCUGGAGAAGGUGGAGGAGCGGCAGUUCCUGCUCUCCUCCGGCCGCCUGCUGCUGGCCGGCAGCCCCAAGGUGGUGCUGGUGGUGGUAGCUGCCAAGAAACUGGUGAGCCGGGUGCAGGUCGCGCCCAAGUCGCACUUUGACGAGACCGUGCUGUCCGUGGUGUACACCUCGGAGCCCAUCGAGGUGUCCAGGCUGGAGGAGACCUUCAGCAAGCUGAGGGAGGCAGCCAAGAAAGAGAUGCUGGAGGUGAUGAAGAUGGGGGUGGAAGAUCUUUUCCAGGAGCACCAGCAGACCUGGUCUGACUUGUUCAUUUCAGGGAUUGAAAUGAGAAAGAUCACAGAUGCACAUACCCCAUCCAGUGAGACUGUCAACAUGACCCUCUACUACGUGCUGUCAACUGUGCCAGCCCCGCUGCUGGACCCGCUCAUUGCUGCUGAGGACAGGGAGAAGAUUGAAGCCAGCCUGAACUACGCUGACCACUGCUUCAGCGGCCACGCCACCAUGCACGCCGAGAACCUGUGGCCACCAAAGCUGACCAGCGUCACCCAGAUCCUGCAGCUCUCAGACCUGUGGAAGCUGACUCUCCAAAAACGGGGGUGCAAGGGUCUUGUGACAGCUGGAGUGCACGGACUCAUGCAGGGAAUGGUGCUUAGUUUUGGGGGUCUGCAGUUCACAGAAAACCAUCUUCAGUUUCAGGCUGACCCUGACGUACUUCAUAACAGCUAUUCCUUACGUGGGAUCCAUUACAAUAAGGACUUGAUCAGUUUAGCUGUUCUCCUGGAUGCUGAAGGAAAGCCCUUCUUGCAUGUGUCUGUGAAAUUCCAGGACAAGCCUGUCAGACUGUAUGCGUGUGAGGCAGGCUGUAUGAACGAGCCUGUGGAGCUGACCUCAGAGGCACGAGGUCACACGUUCCCCGUCAUGGUGACUCAACCCAUCACACCACUGCUUUAUAUAUCAACAGAUUUGGUCCACUUGCAGGACCUGAGACACACACUCCACCUAAAAGCUAUUCUGGCUCAUGAGGAACACAUGGCCAAGCAAUACCCAGGCUUACCCUUCCUGUUCUGGUUCAGUGUGGCCUCCUUAAUUACUUUGUUUCAUUUGUUUCUGUUCAAACUCAUCUACAACGAGUAUUGUGGGCCAGGAGCCAAGCCCCUCUUCAGGAGUAAGGUGGCUGUCCCCGACUGUGCCCGCUGAAGUGCCCAGAGGCUUCACAGCCACAGCGCAGGGCUGACCUAGCACCUCAUCCUUCUGGGCACUGCAGAGCCAACAACUCUGCUGCCUUGUCUUAGUUGGACCUACUUCAAAUGAAGGUGAUGCAGAACUUGAUUCCAGAAACAGGGAAGAAGUGGAAUCCAGCUGAAGCUCAGAAUCUGUAGCAGUAAGCAAGAUAGAUGGUCUUGAAAUAACACCGUGUUCCAUUAAUUGAAUGGGAACAUCCCCGUGUCCAAGUGAACUUAGUCCUGCUUUCAGCCUCCAUUUGCACAAGACACCUGGCAAUAUUGCAGCUGAGAACAAGGAACAUUUGAAAGCAACAAUCCUUUUGUGCCUUGCUAUUACAGGAAUCUGAGACUUGGAAGGUGUGGUGACUCAAUUGUUUAUCCCAGAAGCUUGUGUAACAGAUGUUUCCUUUCCCUGUAAGCUGUUCAGUUCCCUAGGAGUAAUCCAUUUGGUGAAAGUACUUGAAGGUAUACUAAGACCUUUGAUAUUUUGAUCAGGUGGUUUUUUUUUUGUUUGUUUUUCUUUGUUUUUUUUUUUUUUUUUAAUUCUACAGGAAAAUAAAGGAUGAUGAUUCCCUUCUGAGAGUUAACUAGAAAACUUUAGUGUAACUUCCUUUCUGGUAUACAGUAAUUUAUUGCUUGGGGAGAGGGGGGCUAUGUUAAUUUUUCCUCCACUUCAGUAACAGUCAAUAUCUAGCAAUCUUAAUUGUUGAUAAGUUCUCGUAACAGGUUUUUCAGCCUUUAUGACUGUAGAGUGCAAAAUCAAUUUAAUGAACUUGUUUUCUGGAUAUGCACUUGGAAAUGCUGAUCUACCCGUUUCCUAUUCUAAGCCUAUUGAGACUUUGUGCAUUGAUUUGUUUUGGCUAUGAGGGAAGACAUCCCACUUUCUAGUGACUUACAGGUUGUUUGGGUUUAAAAUACCAAAGCUGUUGUUUCUUAAUAAAUAUCUUUCAGUCUAAUCUGA